GGACACUCAUCCAUUAUCUGAUGUUGUUGUUUUUAUUUUGGACUUGUGAGUGGUGAGUGGUGAGUGGUGAGUGGUGAGAGAAAAGGCAAUGGCAUUUCUGGCUCCUCCUCCUCCUGCUUGUUGUUGCGUUGGUUCAAGAUUGGUGCAAAAGCAAAUUCACGCUCUUCCACUCCCACUUGAUCAUCAUAAACCACUAGUUUAUCUCCCAACUCCAAAUCCUAGAAAAUUUGCGAAAUGCAUGUCGCAGAAGAAACAAUCCGCCGAAGAGGAAAGGCUGUUUUCCAACCUCAACCAAGCCACAUUGAAGAGAGAACCCCCAAGUCUAUCCAGCGCUGUUUUCCUAGUUGCAGGGACUACCGUGGGUGCUGGUAUCCUCGCAAUACCUGCAGUGACCCAAGAAUCUGGAUUUCUGGCCUCUGCAAUAACCUGCAUUUUUUGUUGGGCAUACAUGGUUGUAACAGGUCUGCUACUAGCCCAAGUUAAUGUAAAUACUAUGUCUCAACUCGGUUCUGGCAGUGUAUCACUGGUAUCCAUGGCUAUGAGGACUGUUGGUAAUGUGGGAGUUCAAAUUGUUUGUUGGACGUACAUUUUUAUACAUUACGCACUUCUGGUUGCCUAUGUUGCUCGUUCUUCAGAAAUUUUGACAAAUUUUGUUGGCAUUCCCUUAUGGGAAAGUGCAACAUUGUUUUCAUUGGUUUUCGGAGGCAUUUGCUACUUUGGAAGUCCGCGGUUCAUUGGUGCGGUUAAUGGGGUUCUGGUAAUUGGAAUCAUCAUAUCCUUUGCUGCUCUUGUGGCAGUUGCAAGUGAAUACCUACAAUUGAGUGCACUUUUGAAAGCCAACUUCCAAGCUGUUCCCAUGAGCAUACCGAUAAUUGUUUUGUCAUUUGUAUACCAGAAUGUAGUGCCUAUUCUUUGUACAGAUCUUGAAGGAGACCUAUCAAAAGUAAGGACUUCGAUUGUUCUAGGCACAAGUAUACCACUUAUUUUAUUUCUAGUCUGGAAUGCCGUGAUUCUAGGAACCAUCACAGAUGUUGAAAUGGGCUCUGGUAAAAUCAUGGAUCCAUUACAACUAUUGCAAUCAACAAAUGCUGCUGUUGGACCUAUAGUUGAGGUGUUCUCAAUUUUUGCUAUCGCGACGUCAUAUAUUGGAUUUGUUUUGGGUCUUUGUGAUUUCCUUUCUGAUCUGCUGAAACUCCCCGCUGGUCAGAGCAGGCCUGUGCUGCCAUACCUUUUAACGUUGAUUCCACCAGUUGUGCUGUCAUUGCUAGACCCAGAUAUAUUCUUUAAAGCCUUGGACUUUGCUGGAACUUAUGGAGUGUUGGUGCUGUUCGGAAUAGUUCCAGCUGCAAUGUCUUGGUCCGAUAGGUACUCAAGUUCAUCCACAGCUGUGAAAUUGCCGCGGUUGGUUCCAGGAGGAAGGCUCACUCUUUCGCUUGUGGCAGGAGGUGCUGGAUAUGUCAUUUUCUCAGAAAUUAUUGACAAGUUGGGCAACCCGUAAUAGUUUCCGAAUGGUUCUGUUAGCUGGGACUCUACAAAGCUUGUUGACAUACAACCUUCCUUAUAUAUAUUUUAUUUAGCUUUUGACCAGAAAAAGAAGAAGAUAUAUAUAUAUAAAUGCCAAUCUCACAGAGGAAACUUUCUAGCCUUGGCCCGAGAGUCCCGGAUAGAGCUAUCACUCGGUCGGUUCGAAUCGGUUAUAAGUAUUAUCAAUUUCAAAACCAAAGCUUUCAAUUUCAAAAUUGAACUAUCAAUUACCAACCAAAAUCUUUGGUUUUUAAUUAUAUCUACCAAAUUCGGUAUUUUAGUUUUCGGUAUUACAAAUUUUAAAACAAUUAUUUCUUUGUAAUAUAAAUUAGAAUAAACAAUACUAGGUUUUUCAAUUUUAUAUUUGUAAACUUUGUAUUCAUCAACUUAUUAUAGCUUUCUUUUGUACAUAUGACAUCAAGUUUUAGUCAUUUUCAAUAAAACUAGGUUAUUUAACCAUCCUUGACUAGGUUACUUAAAAUGCAUGUACUAUUAAUGUAGUAUAUGUAGUAAUGUUCAUAUUAUUAUGAAAUUUUUUAUGUUUA